AUGUCCACCGCCUCGUCGCAGCACCAAAAGCCACAGCCCAUUAAUCCGCCGAUUCGCGGGAAAAAGCCCGUCAAGCUCCCACACAUCCUCUCUGACUCCAGCUUCUCAUCCUCCCCGCCGCCCAACCACCGCGAUUUCACAUACGACGCCCGAGCCAACUCCACCUACUCGAGCACACCCUCCCAAGCUUCCUCCGUCUGGAACUGGGACAACUUCUACCCUCCACCGUCCCCUCCAAACUCAGAACAUUUCCAGCAGCUCCAGAACAAGAGAAACCCUAAGCCCCAAAUUGAUUCCAACAGCUCCGACUCAGACAACGACGAUCCCUACACGGACAACGACGAUAAAGCCUCGAGCUUCACAUCAUACUCAAAUCCCCAUAAAAACACAAAUCAAUACGAAAACCCUUUUGGCAGCGAUCACGGCAAAGACUCCCUAGACGACCGCGCAUCUAAUUACUCGUCUGUUUCCCGCUACUCGGACCAUAGCUACGCGAGAAAAGGCCAGAUUGUGAAAAAAGGACCCAACUUGAAAAAAUGGGAAAGCGAGGAAGAUGAAACAGAGAGGGAGGAAGUUCAGUGCAGCGAAUGGGGGGACCACUACAGCAGCACGAGUAGCUCGUCCGGUGAGGACGAGAGGGAGGAUUUGAAGUCGAGAUCCGAUUUUGGUACCCGGUCGGAUUUUGGGUCGGUGAACAAUGAAGGUGGCUAUAUGAAGCCCGCUAUUGUGGGGAGGGUUAAGAAUGUGAAUGUGAAUUCGAAGAAGUUCUCGAGCAAGCUGGAAAAGCUUUCUUCUUUGGAUGAUGAUGGCAAGUCUUCGGUUAGUUGGGGGGAUGUGAAUGAUCAGAAGGCUGCGAAUUCUGACCGUAGGAUUGUGGUGAGGCACAAGGAUCUGGCGGAGAUUGUGGCGGCUAUCAGGGAGUAUUUUGAUAAGGCUGCCACUGCUGGAGAGCAGGUCUCGGAGAUGCUCGAGACGGGUCGGGCCCAGCUCGACCGGAGCUUCAAGCAGUUGAGGAAGACAGUGUAUCAUUCUAGUGGAAUGUUGAGCAACUUGAGCUCCAGCUGGACCUCGAAGCCUCCUCUGGCUGUUAAAUACCGGUUUGAACCAAGUUCGAUCGAGCAACCGGGUGGUCCAAAGAGCCUCUGCUCCACUUUGGAACGGCUAUUGGCCUGGGAAAAGAAACUGUAUCAAGAAGUCAAGGCUAGAGAGGGAGUAAAAAUCGAGCACGAGAAGAAACUGUCUUCUCUCCAAAGCCAGGAGUAUAAGGGUGAAGAUGAGGCCAAGCUGGACAAGACAAAGACAGCAAUAAAAAGGCUUCAAUCUCUGAUUAUGGUGACAUCUCAAGCUGUUUCAACUACUUCCUCUGCUAUUAUCGGCCUCAGAGAUUCAGACCUGGUCCCACAGCUUGUCGAGCUUUGUCAUGGGUUCAUGUACAUGUGGCGAUCGAUGAACCAGUUCCACCAAGACCAGAAUGACGUGGUCCAGCAGGUUCGUGGGCUGGUCCACCAGGCGAACAAGGCCCAAUCCACUUCCGAUCUCCACCGGCAGGCCACUCGAGACCUCGAGUCUGCUGUCUCUGCUUGGCACUCCGCCUUUUGCCGACUCGUCAAAUUCCAGCGCGAUUUCAUUCGAUCCCUCCAUGCCUGGUUCAAACGCACACUCAUCCCCCUCAAUAACGAUCAACAACAACAAAACGAGAACAAUAAUAAUAAAGACCCGAUUUCGAACUCGUUUGCCUUUUGUGACGAAUGGAAACUCGCUCUCGAUCGGGUCCCCGACACUGUGGCCUCUGAGGCCAUCAAGAGCUUCAUUAAUGUUGUUCACUCGAUUUCUUUAAAGCAGACGGAGGAGAUUAAAAUCAAGAAAAGGACUGAAAGCUCGUCCAAGGAGCUCGAGAAGAAAGCAUCUUCUUUGAGGAGUAUCGAGAAGAAAUACUAUCAUUCGUACUCCAUGGUGGGGAUUGGGCUUCCGGAUGAUGGGCCCAAUGGUGGGGCGGGCCUGGAUGCUCGAGACCCACUUGCGGAUAAGAAGGCUGAGCUGGCGGUGUGUGAAAGGCGGGUAGAGGAUGAAAUGCAGAGGCAUGCAAAGGCAGUUGAAGUUACUCGGGCCAUGACGUUGAAUAAUAUUCAAACGGGCCUGCCGGGGGUUUUCCAGGCCAUGAUGAGCUUCUCGGGCCUGAUGAAUGAGGCGCUUGAGACGGUCUGCAAUCGGUCGUAUGCGAUUUAG